AUGAAUACCCCAAUGAGAGAUAGAGAAACUAAAGAAACGAAAACAGAAAAAGCAUUUGAGAAAGAGCGAAUAUCCUCAUUUAUUUGUAAUUGGUCUGCAUUUGAUGAAACAAGAGGUGCACGUACAAUUACAGAACAUCAAAAAAUAUUAGGCAAUGCAAUAAAAGCUGCAUGCGAACUUAAGGUUGAUUCAGCUAACAAGAGAUCAAUUACAAUUGAAGAUGCUGAAACACAAUUGGCAAAUGCGUAUACGUUCUUUACCGAGUACGGGAAAGAAACAAAAAUCAUUGAUGAAUGUAAAGCAAAUGUUUCCGUACAUGAAAAACAACAGUAUGUGUCAAAAUUAAAAAGCGAAUGUAUAGAAUGGGGAUUGGGAUAUGCUCAUUUAUUCGGUACUGACCAAAUUACUCCCUAUAUACACGUAUUCUCAACUCAUUUAUUUGAAUUUUUCGAUCAUUUUGACAAUUUAAACACAUUUAGUUUACAAGGGGUUGAAAGACUCAAUGAACUUCUUACUCGAGACUAUUUUGUCGGUUCGAAUAAGAAGGGGGAGUAUUUUCGGCAAAUGUUAAAAAGACGUUUAUGCCAGAUGCUAUUACUAUUGACAAGAACACAACUUGCUCAUUUACGUGAUGCUAUCUCAAAACAAACAUAUGAUGUUGAUUAUGAAACACCAGACGAAGAAGAGGAAAGUUUGUUAGACAUUAUUGAUUUUAACGGAUCGUUCGAUCAUAAAAGCGAUGAAAACAAUCAGCAAAAUGAUCUACCUUCAGAAAAUGAUCAUAAACAUAAAACCUUAUCAAACACAACAGAAUUAUCUUCAAAUGAAUCAAGUGAAUCUCUCACACUUCCUCUUUCUAAAAAUUCUUCACCACCUCGUUUGACAAUAUCAGCAACAACAACUGCUACGAUUAAUGAUAAAAGAUUCAUGAUUAACAACACGUAUCGGAUUGAAAGUGAAUGUACCCACGCCGAAUGUUCAAAGAAGAUAAUCCGAAAUAAUCAUGUGGAAUUAUCACUCAACAAAGGCGAAUCUAGCACGUUUCCAGAGCUAAUAGAAGAAUUUGAAUUUGAAACAGUAAUUCCCUGCCGCUAUAAAAUUAUCGACAAUUAUUCAGGUGGUGAAAUAUUAUACAAUGGUCAAUGGGCGUUUGAUACACGAGAAGAAGUGGAUGCUAUUACAAAGAAAAGUAGAUUAGUGUAA